GUGCCCACAGAGUUUCUGGGCUCCUUCAGACUGGACCUCGUGAAGACUCGCUAUGGUCAACCCGUGGAGCGAGCCAUUUGUGGCAACGCAACGAAGACCAAGAAAGUGGCCAACUCCAAUGAGGACGAUGCAGAUCUAGACAAGGAAGACACAGGGGAUGACACCAUUGGCAUUGACCCUGCCCUGUCGAAGUAUCACACAACCUAUUUGUACGAAGGAAAACGCGAGAAGAUUGCAGGCUCCUCAUUGUCCACGAUGGCAACUCCCACCAUCAGCUUUGAGUGCUACUUCUUGCCUGAUUUCAAGCCAGAUUUUAAGUUCCCCGAGCAAGAUGACAAGGAGAUCGCCAGUGCUGCAGCCUUUGCACCGGCAUACCAACGUUGGAAUGACAUCUUCCGGGAGUUCAAUGAGGCCUAUCAAGUGUGGUUCCCGGACUCCCCCGCCAAACGACGUUGGAUUUGCAGCUACACAGACAAGAGCGGCAAAACCUUGCCUUUGCCGCGGCUGGUGACGCCUUUGGCUUUACCUGCUGAGCUGGCGCCGAAGGGCCCAUAA